GAACAUUUGGAGUUUCCAGGGGUUUACAGACCGUUGGGGCAUUGAAGGCACCUCGAAAAGAACUCAGAGAACCCAACAAUGUCUCUGUAUUGUGGAACAUUUUUCAGGAGGAAGUCUUUUGGGUGCUGUAGGCUGCUAUCAACCUAUGUCACUAAGGCACGAUACUUAUUUGAAUUGAAAGAAGAUGAUGAGGCCUGCAGGAAGGCUCUGCAGACGGGAGUGUUUUACCUCUUUCAUGACCUGGAUCCUUUGCUCCAGGCAUCAGGACAUCGAUACCUGGUGCCCCAGCUUAGCCGAGCAGAGUUGGAAGGGCUGCUGGGUAAGUUCGGACAGGAUUCGAAAAGAAUAGAAGACUCGGUGCUGGUUGGAUGCUCCAACCAGCAGGAAGCAUGGUUUGCUUUGGAUCUAGGUUUGAAGAGUGCCUCCUCCAUCAGUGCCUCCUUGCCAAAAUCCGAAAUAGAGGCAGAGCUCGGAGGUUCUUUCAUCAAGCUGAGGCAGGCUCUUUUCCAGCUGAACUCGGUGGACUCCUCCUUGCUGUUCACGGCUCAGGCUCUUCUCCGCUGGCAUGACGGUCAUCAGUUCUGUAGCAAGAGUGGGCAGCCCACCCAGAAGAACAUGGCGGGCAGCAAGCGAGUGUGUCCCUCCAAUCAAAUCAUCUAUUAUCCACAGAUGGCGCCCGUGGUGAUCACCCUGGUGUCAGAUGGGGCCCGCUGCCUACUCGCCCGCCAGAGCUUCUUUCCCAAGGGCUUAUAUUCUGCCCUGGCCGGUUUCUGUGACAUAGGUGAAACUGUGGAAGAGGCUGUCCAGCGGGAAGUUGCCGAAGAGGUGGGCCUGGAAGUGGAAAACAUACAGUACUCUGCGUCCCAGCACUGGCCUUUUCCCAAUAGCUCACUCAUGAUCGCUUGUCAUGCAACCGUGAAACCAGGACACACAGAGAUCCAGGUGAACUUGAAGGAACUAGAGGCAGCCGCCUGGUUCAGUCUUGAUGAGGUGGCCACAGCCCUGAGGAGAAAGGGCUCCUUGGCUCAGCAGCAGAGUGAGGCGUCCCCACUGCUGCUGCCUCCUAAGUUAGCUAUUGCUCACCACAUGAUUAAGACAUGGGUGGAGAAGCAGAGCUGUUCCUCCCUGGCUGCUUAGCUCACACGAGCUGUCCGGAUCCCUCCUGGGCAUUGCUGCAGGGCACUCUCGAGAUGAACUGCGAAGGGAGGUGACUAAGCUGACUCCAGGACAGCCUCCCAGGGCAGAGGCCCUCUGAGAAGUUCUACUGCCAAAAGAGGUGUCUUUUAACGCUCCACCAAAAAUGCCUGGCAUAAGCUGGAUAGAGCAGCUUGUACCUGUACUUGUCCCCGCUACUGUGGAGGCGGAGGCGAGAGCAUCACUUUUGCCUAGGACAACCGGGGCAACACAUUAGACACUGUCACUUAAAAACAAAACAAAAACUGUAAGAAGAGUUGAUUGAUAAGAUGCUAACUGUGAAAAGCAGAGGGAAGGGUGCUGAUUCAGUUGGGUGUAGCCCGUUGUUUCCAAGUCUGUAGGAACAAGCAUCCUCUGGCCUGGACUGGUUGAUGUUGCAUUUAUAGGAACUGCCAAAUGUGCCCAGGGUGAUUUAUCUUACUGCCAAAAUUUUAAUGAUUCUCAGCUCAUGUUUGAGCUGCUUCUGUCCUCACAGAAAAAUAACAUUCUAUAUGCUUUCAAAUUCA